AUGGCGCCUAGACUCCCUCCUCCCCCACAGCCUAACGAACCUGACGCACCCAACCACGCUAGGCUGUUGGAAACGGUAAUUGAAAGGCUACAACAACAAAACGCUACGUUAAUGGAGCAUAAUGCAGCUGCUCUAAGAAGUCUUGAGGCAGCACGAGAAAACUCUGAGUCUACUGAGAGACAAUUGAUGGAACUAAUUGCCGCCACCAGAGGCACGCUAGGGGCGUCCUCUUCCAAUGUUGUUCAUCAUACCGAGUGGAGUUUGGAGAGCUUUCUUCAACACCAUCCGGCCAAGUUUAGUGGGAAGUGCCUCCCUGAUGAGGCAGAUCAGUGGCUGCAGGACAUGGAAAGAAUUUAUAAUGCAAAGAGGUGUCCGGAUGAAAAUCGUUUGGCCUUCACAGAGUAUCUUCUGACUGGAGAAGCGAGCCACUGGUGGGCGAGCGUGAAGGCAAUCUUGACGGACGCUCAAAAUCCCAUCACCUGGGAAGUAUUUCGGAGCAAGUUUUAUGAAGAAUACUUCCCAGACAGCGUUCGUUUUGCUAAGGAAGUAGAAUUUCUGCAACUGGUUCAAGGAGGAAUGUCCGUUGCUGAGUAUACAAAUAAAUUCAAGCACUUGGUGAGGUUCAACACUAUGGCGACCAGUGAAGAAUGGCAAUGUAGAAAAUUUGAAAAUGGGUUGAGAAGCGAUCUAAAGGUGUUGAUCUCAAGCUUGUGCAUUCGGUCGUUCCCUGCCAUGGUUGAGAGGGCUAAAGUAUUGGAGAAGAACAUGGCUGAGGCAGAACAACAGAAGAAACAACAGGCAUCGCGGGGACCAAUUUUAUCAAGGCCCAAUCUGAAUCGGAACAGGACUCCAUACGCUCGUCCAGCUCAGGCGAGUGGAUCUCAAGCUAUGGUGGUUGCUGGACAAUCAGGGCAACAGGGGCCG